GGGCGCUCCUGAUAAGCUCCCGGGGUGCCAGCGGCGCCGCGGGUGAGUCACGCUGCCGGCGCAGAUGCUGGGGAGGUUGGUGCAGGGGCUGGGGCUGCUGACAGACCGGUGUUGGGUUACAGAGGGAAUCGUAACUCCUGUUUCACAACUCCCGGGGUGGGUUUUAAGGCGUUCUCGGCCGCUCCUGCCCCACACUCGGCGCAGCGCGGCCGGCGGCGGAGCAGCCGCAGGGGUGCCAGCGCCGGCCCCGGGGCUCCCCGGGCAUCAGGGCACCCGCUGGAGGAUAUUUGCUGGGUUUCUGCAGGCCAGAAGACCGCGCCAGGGCUGGAUGAACAUGGACCUGGCCUCCGAGCGGCUGAACGGCAGAGGUCCCAGCACUCGGCGCAAAGCCUCCCCGGCGCGGGAGUCCUUCAAGCGCAUCGGCAUCCCCGUCCUGGCGCUGCUGCUCAGCCUCACCUGCCUGCUGAUGGUCGGCUUCCUGGUCAAGCUCUACCUGGACUACCACUACUUCUUCUGCAAGCAGCCCCUGAAGCUGGUGAGGCUGCAGCAGGUGUGUGAUGGGCAGCUGGACUGCCUGCACGGCGAGGAUGAGGCCAACUGCCCCCAGUGGGUCCCUCAGGGGCCACCAGCUGAGGCUCGUGUCUCCAAAGACAGAUCCAUCCUGCAGGUGCUCAACAGGAACACUGGAGCCUGGUCCUGCAUCUGCUAUGACCACUUCAACCUGGGGCUGGCAAAAGCAGCCUGUGAGCAGAUGGGCUACAGGAGCACCCCAACUUUCCGGGAGGAGGAGGUGGGCACAGGGCAGCCCCUGCCUCCCCGAGAGCUUGUGCUGACCAACGGCAGCCUGCAGAUGCCUGAGCCAGGCAGGAAAUGCCUCUCUGGAAGGGCCGUUUCCCUCUUCUGCUCCAGCUGCGGGGAGAGCGUGAGGACCCCCCGCGUGCUGGGGGGCACACCGGCUGCCAUCGAGGCCUGGCCCUGGCAGGUCAGCCUGCAGUACAGGAAGGAGCACAUCUGUGCAGGCAGCAUCAUCGACCCCAGCUGGGUGCUGACAGCAGCACACUGCUUCAAGAACAACCCCAUCAUCCAGAGCUGGCGAGUCAAGGCUGGCUCCAACCUGCUCUCGGGCACUGCCACCCUGGCUGUGGAGAAGGUUUUCCUGGCCCAGGCGACUCCUGCGUCCCCCAGGGACAAUGACAUUGCCCUGGUGAAGCUGCGCUCCCCCCUGCAGCUCUCAGACAGCUGCAGGCCCAUCUGCCUGCCCUACUUCGACGAGGAGCUGGUGCCAGGCACACCCCUGUGGGUGAUAGGCUGGGGCUACACGCAGCAGCGCGGCAAACUGUCAGACACCCUGCAGCAGGCGGAGGUGAGGCUGAUCGAUAAGGAGAGCUGCAACCUGGCUGCCUACCACGGGGCUGUCACCCAGAGGAUGCUGUGUGCUGGCCUGCCCCAGGGAGGGGUGGACACCUGCCAGGGGGACAGCGGAGGGCCCCUGCUCUACCUGGGGGGGCACUGGCAGGUGGUGGGCAUCGUCAGCUGGGGCCAGGGCUGUGGCACCCCCAGCACCCCUGGCGUCUACACCAGCGUCCGCGGCUACCUCAACUGGAUCUACAGCGUCCGGAGGUCAGAGCUCUGAGGCCUGCUGGGACAGGUCUCUCCUCUCUCCCCGAGCUCCCUCCCUGUCCCUCAGCACUUGGCCCCCCCCAGCCCUGGC